UACAACAAAACCUCUAUCUUUAACGUAAUAUGACAAUUCAUGUCCCACACCUGGAAUAAAGAUGUCGCAGAACAAUAACGGUGUAAAAGCUCACGACAAUGCAGCAUACACAGCGUCCGCUGAUGAUGUUAACGUUAUAGUUACAAAGGAUAAACUGCCUCCAAAAACUGACACUUCAACAGUGGAAUCAAAAUGGGGAUGUUGUUCGUUCAAACCAAGGUGUCUCCAAGGCUUAAACAGAAUGUCACUGUUUACAUUAUUUGUAUGUGUAAUGUGUUUCCUAGAAGGUUUUGCAGUAAACGGUGUCGCCAAUGCAGCGAUUCCAGCCAUAGAAAGACAGUUCAAACUACCAUCCACAAAGUCUGCGCUGAUUCCAAGUUCACAAGAUAUUGGAGCAUUAGUUGUAGUGUUGUUUGUCAGUUUUAUUGGUGGUCGAUAUAAUAAAGCUUCAUGGGUAGCUUCCGGGUCACUCAUUAUGGCUGUUGGAUCCUUUUUAUUUAUGGUUCCACACUUUUUAGAAAAAUAUGUUUAUCCAGAAUCCACAACACAGGCAUCCUAUAACUGUUCAAUAAGCAACCCUCCGUCUGGAGAUUGUGACGUAGGAGGAGAAAAGUAUCUUGUCGUAUUUAUGGCAGCACAGAUCGUACACGGAUUUGGUUUUACUCCGAUGUUCACCCUUGGAACAGCUUACAUAGACGAAAAUGAAGAGCAUUCCUUAGCUGCGGUAUAUAUUGGCUUGACCUAUGCACUGACAGCCAUUGGUGUUGCUGCAGGAUUUUUCGUCGGUGGGGAAUUUAGUCAAAACUAUUUUGUGGAUUUUGAUAGGGUAGAUCAAGACAGUCUAGGAUUUGAUGCUACAGAUAGCAGAUGGAUCGGAGCAUGGUGGCUUGGCUUUAUCAUAGCCAUAGUUGGAUUCAUUGUUAUAGCCAUUCCCAUUUACGGAUAUCCAAAAUAUCUACCAGGAAAAGAAAAAUCCACAGAACCGGAAUCAAAACAUGAGAAACCAUCAACCGAAAACAUUUUUAAACAGUUCUUUGUUUCAUUUAUAGAUCUGAUAAAGAAUCCCACCUUUAUGAUGCUAACAUUUGCAGGAAGUACGAACACACUAAUCAUUUCUGGCGUUGGAGCAUUUUCUUUCAAAUUCUUAAUGGAACAGUAUAACAUUCAGUUUGACAUUGCAGGUUUUCUGAUUGGGGGAUUAAUAUUAGUCGGAUCGGUUGGAAUGUUUGGUGGUGGUUUAUUAAUCAGAAUGUGUGGACUCGGUAUCAAGGGAAUGCUGAACAUGUGUUUCAUAUCGUCAUUUUUGUCUGGUGUUCUUGGAAUAGCUUUUAUCGCAGGUUGUCCCGAAGUAAAGCUUGCUGGUUUAGAGGUUCCAUAUCCAAAUAAAAUAAAUACAUUAGCUGGUUAUACAGACGUUUGUCAAGGAUCUUGUCAGUGCCAGUAUGAAGGUCUUUCAUUAGUCUGUGGGAAAGAUAACAUUGUAUAUCACUCACCGUGUCAUGCAGGAUGUACAACACAAUCAGGACAGAUGACAUAUCAUAACUGCAGUUGUGUAGCAGCUAGUUUAAAUAUUCCAACAGACCACGCUAAUGCUAUGGUUAGCGCCGGACGAUGUGAAGAUGGAUGUGACAAGUUAUAUAUAGUAGCACCAUUAAUGUUUAUAUCAAUGAUAUGUGUACUUACCAGUGUUACUCCAAAUUCCAUGGCUGUCAUGCGAGUUGUCAAAGAUGAACAACGACCAUUUGCUUUGGGAGUACAGUGGGUUUUUAUUCGUCUGUUAGGGACAAUACCCGGACCUUUUCUAGUUGGUUGGGCUAUUGACAACGCAUGCUUAAUAUUUCUAGAAGGAUCAUGUGGUAAUCAAGGAAAUUGUUUAUUGUACAGUCACGAUUCAAUGGCGUUAGGUGUUAUGGUGUGGUGGCUAGUUGUUUCUCUAGUUUCAGCAAUGUUUUACUUGCUAGCCAUAUUCUUUCAGUGUUGUAGAAGUGAAAAAGGCUCUUUUGAUUUGACUAUAAAAUAAUGAACAUUUGAUUUGAUUUGAUCAGUAUUUUUAGUGAUGACAUUUUUUAUUCGGGUAUUAUCAUUCGCGCUCAUCUUUUUUAUACAAAUGUACACAAAUUAGAGUAGAGUAAAUUUUGCUAUAUUUUUAUUUUAAAAGAAUUGAACUUUUAAAUGCUUUUUAAAAUUUUUGAUAAAGAUGCCCGAAUUGUAUUUCAUUGUAUUCCAUUGCGUUUUAUUCAUUUUUUAUUAAAACUCAGUUGUUUAAAGUAAAUUAUAUACCUUUCUCACUCUUUUAUAAAUUUGAUGUUGUUAAUAAUAAAAUUUGAAUGAUGUAAGUGAUUUGUAUAAAAUUAGUAUAUAUAGUAUUAUAACUGAUAUACUACAUGUACUAGGAAAUGAUUAACUUUUAAUAGAAAGUAAAAUAACAAAAACUCCGAACUCUAAGGAAAAUUACAAAUGGAAAGUCCCUUAUCAAAUGGCAAAACCAAAGGCUCAAACACAUCAAACAAAUGAAAAAAAAUUUCCUGACUUGGUACAGGCAUUGGUAAAACGUGAGAAUGACAGUAGGGUAAAUUGUGUGACAUGUAUAGGAUUUUUUUUUUCUAAAUUGUGUUCAUUGUAUACACCAUUUAAUGGGAGCUUGGCUUUGAUUUAAAACCAUAUCCACAACCUUACUUGUCUUGCUCAGUUUAACCCAAAACACGAAUCAAGAAAUAAAUAUAUUGUUGUCAUCAUGAUUUUCGAAACCACUUUAUUAUUUUUAUUCUCAUCAGAUAUCUUAUGUCUAUCAUAUAUUGUUUUCAUGCCGUCUCUCAUAACAAUUUCAGCCAUGCCCCUUAGUUAAAAAAAUAUGUAUUUAUAAAUCAUUAUUAGAUGUAUUUCUUUGUAAAUUAUAUUCAUGUUGUACGUUUUGAAACUUGUAAAUGAUAAAAUGUAUAAAUGAUUUAUUCUUCAUAUUCAAUCAUUCACAGAAAACUUGCACGAAAUACCCGAAGGAUUACUUUAAAACAUCUGUAAUCAUUAAUUUUCAAUUCUAAUGUUGUAAAUUAUUUCAGUGAAUGAUUUUUAAGGCUGAUGUAUGCAAGCUUUACGUAACUUUUUGAUAAUCUCCAAAAUCAUUUAUAAAUUUUAUUCAAAUGUUGGUCUCGUUUAUAUAGUAAUGCAAGAAAAGAUUCAUGUUGAUUUCAUGCCGCCAGAAAUCUCCAUAUAACUGUUGUAUCAUUAUAUUGUAGCUGUUUAAUUGUAUAACUGUUCAUGUAUCAAAUUGAAUUCAGGCAAAUGAAUACUUAUAAUACAUGUAUGUUUGUUGAUUUUCCUGAGUAUAUAUUUUAUAAUGUCUUUAAUUAAUGUUUGUUAGCAUUGCAUUUUUUAUAUUUGUAAGCAUUGUCUUUCUGUGUAUGUCUUGGUAAUAUAAUAGAUCAAAUAUUUGAAUAUUUUACCAAAAAAGGACUUAAUUUGAUUUGUAUGAACACUAUCAACUUCAAUAUAUCUUGGAAGCUUUAUUGUAUUAUAUUACUGUGAAUUCUAAUUUUUAAGCUUCAACUACCUUUUUAACAGUAACAGUCUUUACAAAUAUGUACAGAUACUACAUUUAUUAAACAUGCACAACAAAUCGGGCCUUAUAUUAUGAUAAUAUGAAUUAUUUCUAACUAGCUAGGUAAUUCAAGCUGGUUCCAUUAAAUAUGGAAUUACCAUUGAUAUUUACGGUUUUGCUAAUUACAGGUUGUACUUUAUAAAUACAGCUGUUUCUCAAACCACGCCUCUUUUGGGGAGAUAUAGAAUAUUCAUAGAUAAUUAAUUUUGUUUACAAACUGGAUCCCAGUUAUGAUCUCUAUGUUUCAUCUCAUAGAGACAUAACUUGGGAAUGUUACCAGUAAAUAUACUUAUACAUAUUGUUUAUAUUGAAAUCUGUGGAAAUCCUGCUGUUAAGGUAGGGAUAGUUAAGAAAUUUAGUGUUAGUUUAAACUCUUAGAAGUUCGGGGCAUAUAAAUGUUUAAAAUAUGCCACACAGCCCUAUAUUUUGACCUUUGAAAAAAAUAGUAGUGCAUAUGAACUUUCCAUUCUAGGAUAUGAUUUUUUUCAAAACUUCAUAGUAAAAGUGGUACAGUUUUAGCCGUAAAAGGAGUUCCUAUGGGAAAAUGCAUUGUCAAUAUUUACAGAAAUGCAACCUAUAUUGGGUGAAAAAAGAGAACAUACAGAAUUUAUCCAAAUUUGGUUUAUCUCACAGAUUUUAAUGAAAUUGACUCAAAUAUGAAGUUUUAUAAAUAUUUCAUGAAGAUUGAGAAAAUCCUGGACCUUCGCUAUGAUGACUCAGCAUAAAUUCACAGUUUACAGUAUGCAUAGUUUACAUAAAGCCCUGAAUGCAAAAUAAAAUCAUAAUAUAUGCAUA